CUGCAUGCGGGUGUUGGCGUUGGUGAACGGGCGGAAGGAAGGAGGGUGCGCGACGCGCGUUUAGGAUUAAAUUGAUUGAAUUAUUACUGUGAUUUUUCAAUUAUUCAGUGCAAUUGAACCAACUGUAAGAGUUCGAACGUGUCUGAUAUAUCAUAAAUAACAGAGUUUUGUAUUCUUAGUACAAGUUUCAAAAUUUUUAAAGCUGCCAUUAUGCUUCGCGCAAACGGAAUAUUUAUUACGAAAAGAUUAUUACCGUCUGUAAAAUAUUCUACACAAAUACAAGAGCCUGACAGACCAUGCGUGAAGACCCCUAUGCCUGGUCCUAAGACACAAGCUCUUCUGAGAGAACUGAACUCUUUUCAGCAAGCGGGUUCAGUCCAACUAUUUGCGGACUAUGACAAGUGCGCCGGGAAUUAUUUUGUCGACGCUGACGGCAAUACACUUUUAGAUGUCUUUACACAAAUAUCUUCACUACCGCUUGGAUACAAUCAUCCGGCGUUAUUAUCAGCAUUUCAAGACGAACAUAGCCUUAAAUCGAUGGUGAACCGGCCAGCACUUGGUGUCUUCCCCGCGACAGACUGGCCUGAACGAGUUCGCAAUGUACUUCUAACAGUAGCACCGCGCCAUAUGGAUCAUAUUUUUACUAUGAUGUGUGGUUCUUGCUCAAAUGAGAAUGCGUACAAAGCAGUUUGUUUUUGGUACCGUACCAAAGAGCGUUGUGGUUCAACAGAAUUCUCGGAUGAAGACCUGAAAUCAUGCAUGCUGAAUGAGCCGCCUGGAUCACCAAAUCUGUCUAUUAUGUCUUUUAAGGGAGGCUUUCACGGUCGCACGUUUGGAUCGUUAGCUACAACAAGGUCGAAGGCAAUCCAUAAAUUGGAUUGUCCAUCAUUUCCUAACUGGCCAGUUGCUUCGUUCCCAAGAUACAAAUAUCCACUUGAGUGUUUUCAAUGUGAGAAUAUGGCAGAAGAUGACAGAUGCUUAGCAGAAGUGCAGUGUCUUAUUCAUCAGUAUAAAUGCAUCUGUCCUGUUGCCGGCUUGGUCGUAGAGCCAAUCCAGUCGGAAGGCGGCGACUAUGAAGCAUCGCCCCGAUUUUUCCAAUGUCUUCAAAGGAUUUGCAGGGAAAAUGGAGUUGCCUUCAUAAUAGACGAGGUGCAGACUGGUUGCGGAGCCACGGGAAAAAUGUGGUGUCAUGAACAUUUUAACUUAGAAUGUCCUCCCGAUAUUGUGACAUUCAGCAAGAAAAUGUUGACCGGCGGAUUCUACUUCAAAAAAGAAUUCAAACCUCCACAGGCGUACCGUAUUUUCAACACAUGGAUGGGUGAUCCAGGAAAAUUGAUUCUCUUGGGAAAAGUUUUGGAAGUAAUCAAAAAUGAGAAAUUAAUCGAUUUGGUAAAUGUGACUGGACAGGCAUUCAAAUGUGGUCUUCACGCUAUGGAACAAGAAUUUCCUAGUAUAAUGAACAGCGUGAGGGGACGUGGCACCUUCUUGGCAUUUAAUAUGUGUACCCCGGAAGCACGCGAUAAACUCAACGCACUUCUAAAGAAAAAUGGUGUAUUGGGAGGGAUAUGUGGUGAAGCAGCUAUUCGUCUUAGACCAUCAUUGAUCUUCACACCAAAACACGUAGAAAUAUAUUUGGACAUAUUACGGAAAACUUUCAAGGAACUUUGAAGCACUAAUAAAUCAUUCCCAGUUAUACUUUCCAGUAUUAUUAUUAGUCGUGUCUCAGUGUUAUAACGUAAUUAGAGAUUUACUUUAAGAUUGAUUAACGUUUUCUCUGUAAUAUUUGCGUAAUAUUAACGUAACGUUUUCUCUGUAAUAUUUGUCGUAAUAUUUGCGUAUUUUGCACGUACAUAAAUUCAGUUGUUGUUGAAAUUGUGUCCAAACUAUGUUAUUUUAAAAGAUAACGUGUAUAAUUUUUGAAUACGUACUUUGCUCAUAUAAAUCUUUUAUUUGUUAUUAUUGCAUUUUAAGUUCUUGAUAUUUUUAUACAAAAUGAAUAUGCCUCAAACUAUGUCUUCCAAAAUACACUAUAUUGUUUAUUCUA